AUCACUUGGAUUAAUUUCAUCAGAAAAAUCACAGCCAUAGAAAUGGUUAAUAUGGUUAAAUCUCAUGAAAGUGAACAAAAUUGGACCAGAAAAAGAAGAAAAUAUUCAACACCAAAAUGAAUUUUUGUAUUGUUUCAUCAAUUGUUUAAAGUCAAUAUAAUUAACCAAUAUUUCUAGACUGUGACAGUUUCCUCAUAUUUGGUCAGUAUUGUCAAACAAAAUGGUUUGGAUAUUGGUUGAAAGUCACUGGAUAUGUUUACAACACUCAAUAUUGGUUUGGUCUUUAUUCAGUUCAUUGCUUACUCUGAUUGGAAUAUGUUUAGCUUGGAAUCACUGGUUAUUUAGUUUAAUCAUAAUCACUGGAGUUGGUUUAUCAAUUCUAGGAAUACCUGCCUCAACAACACUUCAACCCAGGCUUUUGUUGUCAUUUAUUUUCUUGGAUAUAUUUGACAUUAUUGGUAAAACAUAUCUAACACUUGAUCUGAUCAUUUGGAGACGUAAUUUACGGACAAAUUGCAUUGAUACUCGUUCACCUGAAUGUGAUUGCAAAUUUGAUUAUUGCCGGAUGCUUUUACUUGAUACUACUAAUGGAAUAAUAUUUUUAUCGAUAAGUUGUGUUAUCAAUUUUCUUCUUUUGAUAUCAGCUAUUUACCUUUACAUUUUCAUUCGUAAAUGUUUAAAAUCUCUUCUCAGAAGAUCUCAAGCCUCUAAAAACCGGGAAGCUGUAAAGCAAUCCUCAAAUCGACCUGAUCAAGAACAGGAAAGUCGCCAUAAUCAUCAAGAAGAUCGAGUUCAGCAUAGACAUAACCAUCUUUAUCCUGAUACUCGACCUCAGUAUAAACAUCAAGUAUCACUGUGUUCACAAGCAAGUUCAACAGACUCAUUCAAUCGCGCUUAUGGAACCUUUGAAGCUUCAAUUCAGCUUGAAUACAGCAAUGAAAGCACACUAUAGUGAACAUAUUAUUGUUGUUAUUAUUUUGUAAAUUAAACUUUUUUACCUUUGUUUUUUUGUCUACUUUACACCUCUGUCUGAAUAUGGCUCCAUUUACCGGUGGCAUUCGCUUUAUACUAACACUUGGUUCAUCCAUUCUCUAAGUAUCUGAUUGAACAAAACUUCAUCAUAGACUUUUGUUUGUCUUUAUAAAUUUUAUAAAUUUGUUUAUUUUGAUACCAGCUAUUAGAUACCUUUACAUUUUAAUUUGAUGUUUUUAUGUUAAAUCUCUUCUCAAACAUCAUUGUCAUUCAACCCAUCUAA